AUGCCGCUGGCCGGGCUCAGGCCCCAGCAGCAGCAGCAGCCCAUCUACCACCAGGCCGGGCUCAGGCCCCAGCGGCAGCAGCAGCCCAUCCACCACCAGGCCGGGCUCAGGCCCCAGCAGGAGCAGCAGCAGCAGCAGCCCAUCCACCACCAGGCCGGGCUCAGGCCCCAGCGGCAGCAGCAGCCCAUCCACCACCAGGCCGGGCUCAGGCCCCAGCGGCGCAGCAGCAGCCCAUCCACCAUCAGGCCGGGCUUAGGCCCUAGCGGCAGGGGGCCCCCAGCAACAUCAGCAGCUGAGAUCCACACGCCACCACUAGGCUUGCACGACAACCUAGAAGCACAAAAACUGCUGGACAAGGUCCGACAUGUUGCCCGCAGCUGCAAAGAACUCAAAGAAAAAUAUAACAUACAUAACGAUGGGCUGUAUUACCUGACGACCACGAGGGGCAUUCUGUACGAGGCGUUCUGUGACAUGAGCACGGCAGGCGGGGGCUGGACUCUGGUGCUCAGUGUCCAUGAGAAUAACCUGUAUGGGAAGUGCACUCUGGGGGAUCGCUGGUCCAGCCAGCAGGGCAACAACCCCAAUCUGCCGGAGGGGGACGGAACCUGGAGUAACAAGGUUACCUUUGGGUCUCCUGAGGCCGCCACCUCUGAUGACUACAAGAACAGCGGGUAUUUUGACAUCACAGCAAAGGACGUGUCUGUGUGGCAUGUUCGGAACAAUGCCGAGAUGAAAGAUUGGACCAGCAUGUCCAUCCUGCGCUACCACACAGAGACCAGCUUUCUCACUUCACAUGGAGGAAACCUCUACCAGCUCUUCAAGCAAUACCCUGUGAGAUUCAAUGUGGGCGUGUGCAACACCAACAAAGGCCCAGCUGUUCCCAUAGUGUAUGAUUUUGGGAAUGCAGUAAAUACUGCUAACCUGUAUGGGCCAUACUCAAGAAAUGAGUUUACUCCAGGUUUUAUCACUUUCCGAGUCAUCAACAAUGAGAAGGCACCUUCAGCCCUCUGCUCCGGAGUCAGUCCAACGGGAUGCAACACAGAGCACUACUGUGUGGGUGGAGGAGGCAACUUCCCUGAAGGGGCACCACUCCAGUGUGGGGACUUUGCUGCAUUUGGCUGGAGCGGAUAUGGAACCAACCAAGGAUGGAGUGCUUCCCUGGACAUGACUGAGUCUGCCCUGCUGUUGUUUUACCGCUGAAGAGUCUGCCAUGUCUCCCCAUGACUCGUCAUAGUUCCUAUUACAUGGGAGCAAAUCUCUUUUUCAUUUAUCUUUGCUUAAUUAGGGUGUGCUAUUGGUCCUUAAAGGUACAAUAGGUAAUUUCGGACUUCUAACGGCCAAGAGAGGAAUUGCAGCACCAAACACGCUCAAACCACAUUGUUGUGGUUGAAUGUGCUGAUGUUGAAAUUCCAUUGGCUGUGGCAAUUGCAACCAAUUUUCAAUCAGUGAGCUUGAAUUAUUGUACAGCUAUAUAAUGUUUUUGUACAGCCUGUCAACUGCAUAUUUUGAAAUCGAAUUUAAGGGCUAUAAACGCAGGCAGAGUGUGAGUAAACAUGUCAGUGAUAGGAAGGGAUUUACAAUGGUCUUGUAACAAUGUUUUAACACAAAUAACUUAGCUAUUGUACC